UUAUUGAAAGAUUAAUUAACUUUCUAAAUUGUAGGAUUAUGAACUGACAAGAGCAGCAGUUCCUAAAGGAACUUAUUCUCACACAAACCAGGGUUCAGGAGGAGGGAAACCACAUGGCUUUGAAUGAACUGAAUGAUCAGAGGAGGAAGUUAGACAGAGAUCAUGAAGAACAGAUUCAUGAGCAUGAAAAAGCAAUGGAAGAAAGAAUUAAUAGGAUUCAAGAAAGAAUUCAAGAGUACCUAAAGCUUAUUGAUCAAGAAAAGGAUUUAUUCAAAAGCUGGAAAGCCCUAGAGAAUCAAAAGUAUCUGAUUAGUUUGAAAGAGAUAGACCAAAAGAUAGCCGACUUCAUGAAAUCGAUGAAAGAAGAUUCAGUAAAACAGAAAGCUUAUGAUUUUAAUUUAAGAAAUGAUAUCUAUCAGCAUUCUAACAAGCUUAAUGAUAUUAUUAAAAGCAUUAUCUGAGACAAUAAGCAAGAAUUGAUCAAAAAUGAACAAGAGAACAGCGACACAAACCCAGGAAGCGAUGUGGGAAACUCUUCUGGUUCUCAGAAUACUGGUGACUUAGAAGAUUCUCCAAGAAACGAAGACCCUAACACCACUUCCACAGACCCCGUUCAAAUCUCUGAGCCCAAAACUAAUAAUUUGGAAAUUAAUACUGAAUUAUUGGAGUCUAAAGAAGAAACAAAAGAAAGCUGUAUUGAUGGAUCUACUGAAUCCAAUAAAACAACCUCUAAUCCUCUCCAAGAGUCAGCUCUCAUGACAGCACAAGACCACAAUGCAUCAGACUCUUCUCCUACCCCUACUGCCACCCCUCAGCCUCUUCCUCACAACUCAGACUCUACAGCUUCUCUCCUAUCCUCCUCUCUAAAAUCCUCCCAACCAUCUGACCCCAUUAAAGAUCCAAUACGCCGUGAAUUUUCUUCCAAACCCAUUGGCUUCCUCAACUUAAAUCCCUCUAAGACCUCUAGUAAAUCCAAGCCUUGCCCUAAGAAAGCUCUUCAGAUCUGGAAAAGGAAGCUUCAUCAAGAUUACCCAAAGAAUACAUCUGUAAUUAGUGAGGAAGAAAUCCUGGUAACGUGGAAAGGCAUUACCAAUGAGAAGCUUUACUGAUACAUGAAUGCGAUACUGCAGUGCUUGAUGGCUAUUCCAGAGUUUGUUCAAUAUUUUACUCAAGAGCAUAAGGAGUGGGAUGAGCCUGAAGAGAAGAAGGAUCCCAUCAGUGGAGAGAUUAAGUAUGCUGAUAAGUUCCCGUUCUGUAGAGCAACACGUCAGAUGAUCUUUGAUUAUUUUGAUAAGGACAAGGAGAAGAUAGAUAUUACUUAUUUCAAGGAACUAUUUGAAGAAGACUUCGAUCCUGAAUAUCAGCACGAUUCUUCUAAGUUUUUAUCUAAUAUGCUUGGUAAAUUGAAGAGCGAACUCAAUCCAACUGCGAUACCAUUUAAAAACUCAGGCUACACAAAUAAAGAAGAAGCUGUGUGAAAGUAUAAAGAAGAAAAUGAUUCAAUCAUUGACCAACUCUUUACAGGGUUAUAUAUGACCAGUUACAAGUGAAAGAAAUGUAAAGAAUGAACAAUUACAUAUGAGCCAUUUGGGAAUGUAGGUCUUGAAUGAAAUACAAGAUAUCCUGAUAGGGGAUUCAACAAUUUUAUGAAAUCGGAUCAAAUAACUCAAUAUUCUGAAUUUUACUGCAGAAAAUGCGAUAAUGUUGUGAAAUGCACUAUCAGAAAAAGGACUGUAAUACAUCCUAAAUAUUAUGCUUUGGUAUACCAAAGAACAGACCCAAUGACAAAUAAGAAGAUUUGUGAUCUUAUGAAAUAUAAACUUAACUUUGAGUUGAAGGACCCUAAUUUUAGAAAUAAGACCCUUAGCUAUGGAAUUCUUGGAAUUGUAAGCCAUGAUGGUGACAGUCUUGAUUCUGUCCGUUAUGUCGCAUUCACUAAAAAGAAUGGAAACUGGAAAAUUUGCAAUGAUGAGAAUGUAGAUGAAGGGAAAAAUUACUGGGACUCAUACAAAAGCGAUUACAUCUUGUUUUAUAAGAGAUAUUAAUAACAAAAUGGUGCAUAUCAUUACCUUAACAUAAACCAAUAACUU